GCUUUUCUAUUCUUUGUAGUCCUUCUGAUUCUUCAUUUCAAGUACGAACUGCUACAGAAUGGCAUCUGGAAAAGUUGUUUCCCUGGUAGUGUCUCUUUUCGUCGUGACCAGAGUGCAGUCUUAUCCCAGCGGAGCUCCUACUAGCGUUUGUACUACAAUGUUGCCUUCGCAUCCACCUGCCUCUCCUUCAACCAGCCCAUCGAUCUACACGGUGAACAUCACCGCAAAUGCCUACAAACCAGGGCAGACUGUCUCAGUGCAAAUAGCAGGCAAUCAGUACAAAGGAUUCCUUCUUGAAGCCAGAGAUGCUGGGCAAAAUAUAAUUGGAAGUUGGAUGUCUCCUCCAAGUAGCUGCAAACUCAUAACUUGUACAACAGGGAAUGAUGCUGUCACCCAUUCUGAUAACACAGCAAAAUUACCAUCCCUACUCUAUCAAUGGAAAGCCCCCAGUGCAAAUUGUCCAAGCAAAGUCACAUUUUAUGCCACAGUAGUGCAAAGUGAAUAUGUUUUCUGGGCAAUGCUUAAAUCAGCAGAUCUACAAUUAGGUAGGUGAUUUCCUUAAAUAUAAUGUCU